GAAGCGUCUGCGGUGGGGGAGGAAAAAAAGCCAACCGCCUCGACAUUUGACUCCUACACUCGGGGGCGGGGAGGGAUUGGAGUAAAGAGGGUAGAAUGAAAUCAGCAAAUUAAAUCUCCUUUUCCACACACAGGUAGGCAGGCCGGGCCUGGCAGAGACACAGCGGCAGUAGCAGCCCGCUGGAACGGACUGAAGAAGUUGGAAGCUGAUCAGCAAGAAAGGAGGGAACAGAAAAGACACUAGUGACCUCUUAAUAUGCUGUCUGAUCUGCUGAGCUUUACCAACAACCUGUUUUUGUGCUUAAGGUUAGAUCGUGUUGCUCAUUUGAGGCAGUAGACUCCACCUUAAAUAUGACAGAAAACAAUUUUCCACCGCUCCCAAAGUUCAUUCCGUUGAAACCAUGUUUUUACCAGGAUUUUAAUGAGAUCCCAGAACCCCACAAAGUCCUGGCAAAACGCAUUUACUACCUUUGGAUGUUGAACAGCAUCACACUUGCAGUGAAUCUGAUUGGCUGUCUAGCUUGGUUGAUUGGAGGAGGUGGAGCUGUCAACUUUGGACUGGCCUUUCUCUGGCUGAUACUGUUCACGCCAUGCUCUUAUGUUUGCUGGUUUAGACCAAUCUACAAGGCCUUCAAGUCAGACAGCUCAUUCAAUUUUAUGGCGUUCUUCUUCACGUUUAUGGCCCAGCUGGUAAUCAGCAUUAUUCAAGCAGUGGGAAUCCCUGGUUGGGGAGUCUGUGGCUGGAUAGCUACAAUUACCUUCUUUGGGACAAAUGCAGGCUCAGCGGUUGUGAUGCUCAUCCCAACUGUGAUGUUCACAGCAGUGGCUGUGUUGUCUUUUGUCGCACUAACUAAGGUUCACAACUAUUACCGUGGCAGUGGUGGCAGCAUGAGCAAGGCACAAGAGGAAUGGACCACGGGUGCGUGGAAGAACCCACAUGUGCAGCAAGCAGCCCAGCAGGCUGCUGUGGGUGCAGUGCAAGGGACCAUGCAAAGCCCACAGUACAAUGAGUAUUCGGACACUCCCAACUACGCGUACAACAAUCAGAUGUAAGCCUACUGCAUUAAUGCACCCUCACCAGUUUACAGAGCCUCUCCUGGGUUCGGUUGGGACAUGCAAAAAUUUUUUCUUUCCUUCCCCUCUUUCCCCCGUAUGUAUGAUUCAGAGAGCCCCCUAUUCUCCAAAAAUGGCUAUUUGUGGUGUACUCUUUUUUUAAAAAAAAAACAGAACUGUGGUGGCUGUAGAACAAUGUGCAAAUACCUUUUAAAAGAUGUGAUCUUAUUGGUAUUGAAAGUAUUUGUGAGGAAAUAGGUCACUUUCAACUUAGCAAAAAGGUUUUUUUUAAAAAAAACUCUACAUGCACAGGAUAAUAUCUGGUAUUUUAAUAACACUCCUGACCAUAUUGCUAGGAAUAAUCAGGUAUUUUCUGGAUGGGUGCAGAACUCCUUGCCCUUGUAUUACAUUGCACUCCCACUCAGUAUUGUUAGUUUUGAUGUAACUUAGAGCAACGUUGAGUGUACCUGCAGAGCUGUUCUGUGAAACGCUUAUUGUCUAAUCCAGUUUGUAGAGAUAAUAUAAUGGCACUAAAUAACAAAAGACCCUAGAUUAGUCAUGACUUGUAGCUGUACAGUGAUCAAAUCUGUACCUGUAAGGGAUUGUGAUUUAAUAAAUACAUGAGGGUCUUUGAGUUGGGGGAUUACUUCUCUCACUUUUGAAAAGACAUGCUUUUUACCCCGGUACCUAAUUGGACCCUUCAGUAAGCACACACUGAAUUUUCAAAAGAAAUUUCUGGUACUGAUUGUUGUGACUUAAAGCUAAUACAGAAUGUUUUAAGUUCACUUUAUGUGGAAUAGACAACAUAAUUUGUAAUCAUUCUGUUUGGAAGCUUCAGUACUCCUGCAGUACCUGCUGAGGACUGGACAACACAUAGGAAAACAUGUUUAAUUUGCUUAUUUUCCAUUUUGCUUACUGACUGUGCACACUUCCUAAAGUGAGGUUUAUUUUGCAAUGUUUGUAAUUGAGGGGUAGACCUGUUUAUUUAAUAAGCUUUGAUUAUUGAAACGGCUUAUAUGCUGAAAAAGACUGGUUGGUUGAUUCUUGCAAUGUUCACAUGCAAAUAUUGCAUGUACUUUUUGUUAAACACUAAAUUGGUUGAACUUCUCUGCUAUUUGGUUUGCGUUUUAAGUGAACCAUAUCUUUGCAAUGCAGUCAUGCUUUGUCUCUUGUGGACUUUGAAGGCUGGAACACUAAUAAUUGUAAAGAUCUUGUCAUAAUGCGCAAGUAUGAUUUGUUUUAAGUUGGCAGCUGUAAUUUAUUUCUUGUCAUUUAAUUUUUAAACUGUUCUGAGUUUGUUUUUGGUUUAUUUCACUUGAAAGAAUUGAAAUUGUAUUAGCCUUUGAUUCUGAAAGGAAAAUCAGGUAUAGUAACACAAUGCUACUAAAAUGUCAGGAAGUGUGUCAAUAAUAUUGCUUUAUAUCCCUAACACUAUUAGUGGUCGCUUCCCAGGUACUUUGCAUCCUCUCGCAUAAUGUUGUCAGAUAGGGCUAAAAGAGUGCCCCUGAAAAUUGAUACUGUGAAGUAACACAUGACCACAAAACUAAUGCACUUAAACAUAGGGCUGCUAGGUUUGGGAAUUGAAUAUAUAACUGCAAGCAAUAAGCAGUAACUUUAUUUGCAUCCACAUUGCUGUAUUAUAUACAUUCCUGAUGACAAAAGAUUCUGUUUGUGACUUAUUUUCAAAAUCUCUGUCUUGGUAUGUGAAAUAUAUUUUAUAAUCCAUAGUUUAAUUUAAGAUCUGCUUUAAAUUUUGUUGACCCAUUACAAAACUUGAAUCGUGCAUGGAUGGAUGGGUUAAGGGUCACGAAUUGAACCACAGUGCAAGAGAACGCCUGUGGCACUUUCCCAUAGAAUCAAAUGCAGGGAUGUGGCCAGUUAAUGUUGUCCUACCAAGCCAAAUCAGAAGAAGAAUUUUUUUUUGCUGCUUAUUAUCUCUUCCUGAAAUGAUUCCGAAUUGUCGGGCCUCUGGUCAAAUCUUUAAGUUGAUGAGAUUUGAGAUUUGUAUUUGUACGGCACAGUAGGGGAAAAAUGGGGACAAUUUGCUCAGAAUAGAUUUUUUUAACUUUAAUCCAUUCUUAUUUGCAUAGCUGCUGCAGUGUUCAAUCUAUAACAUUCAUGCUUGGGGAGAAGCAUAAAAUAAAUUAAUUUUAUAUAAUAAAUAUAAUGACAAAUUAGAAGAAAUUAAAAAUCUGUGAACUAAGAUUAAGCAUAAGUGUACAUAAGACUAUUUAAUCUGUACAUUUGAAAUUUGUGGUAUUAGUAUGGAUUUAGUAGAAAUCGUCAUUAACUGCAUCUGUUCUAGCUGGUUUGCCUUUGGUUUACACAUAGUGGCUGUUUUGACUGAUUGCUGUAGAAAAAGUGCUCCACAUGGUACAAGCAGUGCAUAACCUGUCAAUAUGCAUUUCCUUUUAAAAAGUGCAUUUGCAAAAUUAACAUUUUCUAGCUGUUUUUGUCAUGAUCCCCAAAUUUUGGAUUUAGCUCAUUUUAUUCUGAAGCCAGUGUUUUUAAAGACAUGAUGGCAUUUGGCAUUCUUGAUGCUAAAAUGAUGAUCAGAUUAUAUUUUGCAGAUACUAGCACUUAGAAAAUGUUCUAUCUAGAUUAAGAAGUCGAAUUGUACUUUUGAGGAAAUGUUAUGCCAUUUGGCCCAAGCAGUUGUAGCACUUUGAAACUCUAUUUAAGUGAAAUACGUUCUCUAUUGCACAAUAGCAGUUAAGUGAAUGCUGAACAUUUCUUGCUCACAAAGCAGAAACCCUUGCAUGUUCAUUCUACAAGUUCUGCCCUUUAUGUUUCACAAUAAAAUAUCUUUGAGUAGUUUCCUUAAUGAUUUGCUGUAAAUAGUUGAAGUUACUUUAAAAGCAAUUCUUUAUUGUGAAGAGACUUCAAGGUGACUGGUCAUCUUUUGGGAACACUAUUCUAACUGCUGAUUGAUUCUAUGUGAGAAUCCUGCUUUAAAAUAGUUGACUGCCCUCUUAAUGUACCUCAGAAUUAUUUCAGGUACUUCAUUCUGUCCCACGCAGAAAACAUUGUGCUAUGUACUAACCAAAAAUUAAUGCACUUUUCCUCUAUUGUUGUCCCUUUUAAUGUAGGGGAAUUACAAUGCUGCAGACUCUUAAAGUCCAUACAUAACCAAUACACAAGGCGUUUGCUUGUAUAAAAUGGUUUGUUGAUUUUUAUCUAACACUCGGACUAAUUGGCAGUUGUAUUCUGGCACCUCAAUAUCUUCCGAUUGUGCAGGAGUUAUUGGCUAGCUCAAUUGACUGUAAGCAAAACUGUUAUUUUUGUGUUUUCUCAUCAAGUCUUUGUACCUGCCUUGAGGCAAAUUGAUCAUAAAGUAAACAUUAAUUUGUGCUUUUUUUGUUUUAGUAUUUAAAACAAUUAGUUCGAGGUGAAAGAGGUUUUGAUGGAGAUUGCUGAUGGUGGCUAUUUUUCAUGCAGUGGAAGUAUGCCCAGACCCAAGAAUAUUUCUAUUCAGCCCUAAGUUAGCUGUCUGAUGGUAGGUACAACGGGGUCAAAUUUCUCACAAUUAAAUACAGAUGAGAGGCAUCAUUUUUAUUGCCAGUUGACAUCCGAAAAUCACCAAUGUGUCAGCCAAGUAUAUAUUCUUGCCCCAAAACUGACUGAAUUAAUUAAAUAACAGAGCUGGAAUUUUCCAAUUUAAACAUUAUUGGUGUUUGCUACCCCGGUCUCUGAAUAUUCAGCCAACCAGUUUGUCCCUAUGUUGUUACUUACUUUUUUUAAUGCAUGAUUUAAAAAAACUGUUGAAAUAAACUCUGUAUCACAGUUACUGUAAUGCCAAUUUUCUUUCCUGACACAGCCAUGACAAUACAAUAAGUUUGUGUUGACACUUUAUUGAUCCGGUCCUAUUCAUUAAAACAAGGUGAUUAAUCCAAAAUCUGAAGUUCCUGGCAGUUUGAUAAAGAACUUUUAUUUCUGUUGUAUUAUAGGUACAUAGGAUUAAUUGGAUUUUUUGUACUUCUAAAGCAUUUUUUUUUAAGGAAAUUGAAUCACUUUUUUUGUUUAAUUUGCCUAGCUGCCUGAUUUUGUUUAUUUGCAAGUAACUUAUUUACCAGUCUUUUCUUUGGUGUAUACUUCAGCUUAAAGUGCUGCCCAGACAUGAAUCUUCAGCACCUCAGCAAUAGAUUUUUGUUUUUGAAGAAUUAAAAUAAAUUUGUUUCAUCCAAGCAUAGCGUUUUUUCCCCUCUCAGCAGUUCCAGCAUUGUGUAUGCUAUACAAUGAUAUUGAGGUUAGUGAAGCUACUUAGAAGUUUUGUUUUUCCUACUUUUAGGAAACCAGAUUAAAUGAUCAUUUAACUUGCCUUGCUAGAAUUUUUUUCCAUUUUAUUGAGUUUAUUUUUUGUUUUUUAAACUGACUUUCAAAUCCAAUGGCAUUCAGUUCUUUCUAAAAUAAGCAUUGCAUUCCUAAACAGUCUAAACUUGUCAUUGUAAAGGCUUUUUUGAUAGAAUCAAUUGGAAUUGAUAGCCUGAUAGCCAGGAUCGAGGUUCCUAUUUUCCUCUCCCCGCUGGUUACCUGCAAAUACUGGCAUGCUUGUAACUACUAGUCAAAUCUUGGAUAUUAUGGAAAACUCAAUUUGAGCAAUUGAACUCUAAAUCUGGGUUGACCCCAGGCAGAGGAUCAAGAUAAACUAAGUAAACUUAAGAAAUCAUGACACAAUAUGAAAAAUUUAGUUGCUGUUUUUUAAAACCUUGGAGCUGCCAUAUUUAGGUUUCCAGUGAAUAAUGUUGACCAUUCAGCUAUAUAAUUUUCACCAUCCAAAAACACUUGAAUAUUUGUAAAUAUAUUUUAAAAGUAGCAAGAUAUUAAUUGUGCUUUAUUAAGAAUUUGAUGUGUACUAUGGUUAUAUAGAAAUUUGUAUCUGUGGUGACUUCUGGAAUUUGGUGAUACAGUCAAGGCAUUGAGAUUAAUUCAGUGUUUAAUUUUUAAUUAUGAAUUAUGGUUUGAACCAGAUUGUACUAUUGCUGAGUGAACCUGUAUUAUUGUAUUUGAGUCAUAAUCUUACGCAAAACAUAGAUGCGUGGUUUACCCCUAUUAAUUUGGUACUGAUGUUCAGUCAGUUGCAGGUUUAUUGUUUAACUCCUAAGUUACUGUCAUUCUAACUGCACAGUGCAAUUUGUUAACUCUCUGCAACAUAAGGGCAUUUCUACAAAAACAGCUGAAGAAUUGUUACUGUGUGUUUAAUAGCUCCUCUGCUGAUAUAUAUGCUAUAUAGAUAUAAAGUGUUGUCUGCAUUAUUUUAUUACUUUGUACAGUACAGUAAUUCUUCUAAAUCAUGCCUGUCUUUUUUUUCCUAUUGAGAAAUUAUAUCAUUGUCAUUUCAGUACAUCAAUGUGUCAGUGUCAUUCUGGACAAAUAAAUAAUAAAACCUGUGUUAUCUUGAA